AUGGGAUCUCGAAAGAGAGUAAAGCCCAGCCCCCCAGGCGCGGACUCCAAGUCCCCUUCAGCCUCGAGCAAUGAUGCUACAUCGCAUUCCCCAGGCGGAGGCCGUGCGGAGUCACGGAACAGAAGCACUGCGAGUUGGUAUCCUGCAGUCUGGCCGGCGGUUUCCAGAGCAUCAAAAGCGGCCCCUGUUACCGAGGUUGCCCCACCGAAACUCACUUCCCGCUCAACUUCCCAGCUCGAUUCCCCUAAACAACCUCGAAAUCCUUCUCUCCAACUUACUCGCAAAGUGGGUGCGUCCAGCAGGUCUCUUCCUGCGGACACCGCGACAACGAGGAUUAACAUAGCUUCCGAUGAGGACGCUCGGUCGUGCCCGGCUAGCACCACGACCCGACCAACAGAGGAGGAAGCGCCAAACGUGCAGGAGCCAGUAUCUGCGGAUGACGCAGUUAAGGGACCGUUGAUUCCUGCCCCCGAGACUACCACAAAUGAAAAUCCCGAGGUCGCUGAUCCAGUCCCUACAUCUAAUCCCCAACCUGGUGGAUGGCUUUCAUGGUUUUAUGCUCCGUCAACCGCCGAGAAGCCUGCUCCGAAAGAGCCAGUGUCAGAGGCCAGUGAAGAAUCGUCCGGGGAAUCCCAGGCUUUGAAAGACGAGGAACAGGCCAGGUCAGAAGACCAGAGCCAGGUAGAGCCAGAUACAUCGGAACCAAAUAGGUCGGAACCAGAUACGUCGGAACCCGAUAAGCCUGCAGAAGUGCCUGAAGUGUCUGAAAGUUCACGAACUUCUCACAAACGUUCUUGGCUUCAAAUGUGGUACGGCUCGUCGACCAAAGGGCCAGAAGGGCCUGUGGGCGAGCCUGUGAGCGAGCUUUCAAAUGCAGUAGGCAGGCCAACUACGCAAGGCGAGCAGACGGCAUCUGCAUCAAUCCCAGAUGAUGAAACGCAAGGGGCAACGGACAGUUCGGCUAAAUUGUCCGCGAAGGAUGUAAAGCCUUCGGGAUGGUCUUUCUGGUUUAGGGACUCUUCGAAAGACCCUAUUCAGGAAAAUUCACAAGAGGUUCAGGUAGUUGAGACUUCUGCAACGCCAGAUCCUACCAUGAAAAGGCAGCCAGGUGAAGCUGAAACGGAAUCAGAAGCAAGGGCUGAGAUCGCAAAGAAGGGAAGCGUUAAGCUCAAGAACCCCAAGGGUAGCUCUGCACUACCUGACAAGUCCACGCUGCGUCUGGAAGCCGGUCUCAAUGAUUUGGUACCAGGGCCUUCCGAAGCGGCCGCUUCAAAACAACUGCGCAAGGUAUUGCCUAACCAAGUUUUACCACGGUUUCAGGACACCUUCGCCUUGCAGGAGAAACCCAGCUUGCUGCAAACAAUAGGACGGUAUUUCCAGUAUAGCAAGGACUCGAACAACAAACAUGUCCACAUGGUCAAGGAUACGCCCCCUAUCAAAAGGGCAUUGGCCAUUGGGAUACACGGGUACUUCCCUGCUCCAUUGAUUCGAAGUGUCCUCGGUCAGCCGACAGGCACCUCGAUUCGAUUCUCGAACAUGGCGGCGGAGGCCAUACAAACCUGGGUCGACGACCAUGGUUACAAAUGCGACAUUGAGAAAAUCGCAUUAGAGGGCGAGGGUCGUAUAUCCGAGCGUGUCGACCUGUUGUGGAAGCUAUUACUCAAUUGGAUGGAAGAAAUCAGAAAAGCCGACUUCAUCCUGGUGGCAUGUCACAGUCAGGGUGUCCCUGUUGCCAUUAUGCUGGUCGCUAGAUUGAUAUCUUUUGGCUGCCUCAAUGCAGCCCGUGUCGGCGUGUGUGCUAUGGCAGGCGUCAACCUGGGCCCAUUCGCGGACUACAGGUCCCGAUGGAUCAGCGGCUCCGCUGGCGAGCUCUUUGAAUUCGCCCUUCCUUACAGCCAAGUCUCCAAGGAUUACGAAUCGGCACUGAGGACCUGUCUCGAUUUCGGGAUUCGGAUAUCAUACAUCGGAAGCAUCGACGACCAGCUAGUUUCUCUAGAGUCCUCGCUAUUCGCCCCAGUAACCCACCCAUACAUCUACCGCGCAGCCUUCGUCGACGGCAGAGUACACGCCCCAAGCUUUCUCUCCCACCUCGUCGGCUUUGUUUUAAAGCUCCGCAACCUCGGUAUCCCAGACCACGGUCUCCUCCGUGAACUCAGCUCCCCAUUAGCAGGCAGUCUAUACAGUGGAGAAGGCCACUCCCGCCUUUACGACGACCCAGCCGUAUACCGUCUGGCCAUCGACUUCGCCCUCGAAACAUCCACCAUCCACAGCGCCUCCCUCCAUAUCAAACGCACCCAGCCAGCCCCCGCAAACCCCUAUAUCCUUCCCUUCGCAAUGCGCGGUAUCCUCGAAGAGGAAUACGUCCGCCGCGAACUCUUCGAAGAGACCAUGGAAUUACUGCGUCAAUUCGACGACUGGAAACCAACCAGCAAGGUGCUCAAAGACGUCAAGUUUCGGUUAGAAGGGAUUCGGUCGAAAUUAUGA